AUGUCAAAUCAUGAUGGCAUAGCCACUUCACGAACACUGCCUGAAACAUUAAAAUAUCGUGACCCCCAACCUCUUCUUAAGGGUAGUGGUUCCUCUUGGGACUUUCAAGCCUCAGAAUCUUUGAAAAAAGAACUUAAGGAUGCUAUUAGUGAUCAUUUCAAACAUUGGAAGGCUGGAAGAUGUGAUAAGAUGACAAUACCGCAAUACUUCAUUAUAGCAGGAGCUGGAGAAGGAAAAUCUCGCACUGCACAAGAAUUGCCGAAAUUGCUAAUUGAAUGUACAAAUGAUGUUGACUUACAGAAUCGACUUAGGUCUGCUCUUGUAUUUAAUCUAUCAUUUGAAAAUGAGACCAAAUUAAUUUGGAUGAUAGAAACCUAUUGCUCUUAUGCAAUUGGUAAUCGAAUGCUCUUUCAGUUGUUACAGCAGCCUGGUGAAUCCUGGGAUGCCUAUGUGGAUCGAUAUAAUGUAGUCCCAGGAGAUGUAUUGAGAAGAGUUGCUAAACAUCGUGAUCAAGAAUUAAAUGAUCUGAAUGUGAUUGUUAUUUUGGAUGGUUUACAAGUAGCAAUGAACAAAAAAUACUUUUUUCACGAUUGUAUCUCUGUACUUGGUAUUCUUUCACUUCUUGGCCCAUUUAUUAUUACCUGCUGUACGACUACUAUUAUCAUGCCCACUUUCAGGUUUUCUGACUAUUCACAAUGGAGAGUUUUUCUCCCUGUGACAUCAUUACAACCUCCGAGAAUAAACGGCAACCCAGUCUUUGUUGAUAAUCCAGUCAUGAAGAUGCUCAUAAACGAUAUGGGUGGUCAUGGGCGUGCGUUGGAGGCUUUAGAAGAGUCUAUCAGUGGAAAAGAUUUGGACAAUAUUCGUUUUAUUGAUCUAAUAAAUGAUGUACGAUCAAAUCUCAGUAAAAAAUAUCAAGGAUGGUUAAGUAAAACCAUUUGUUUGAAACCGGUCCUUCGCAUUAUUCUUUCACGUAUGCUAGUUAAGAAAAGUUCAAAUGUUGCUACAUUUGAGGGGAAAGAAAUAACAGUAGAAGAUGUAACACAAUUUGGUCUUGUUCGAUUCGAGAGUCAAGGUGUGUAUGAGUUUUUUGGACAUCUCACAUGUCCAUAUAUUUGGCUAUGGAUAAUGGCGCGUGCGUCACGAGAUGAUAAACUUUUACGGAACUGGGAUUUUAACUAUUACAAUGAAGUAUGCAAUAAAGUAGGAAACUCAAGUAUACCACCUGGUUGCCAAUACUGGCAAAAUUUUGAGUACUUUGUUACUCAGUUUCGCUCUCUAAAAUCGAAUAUCUACGGUGAUAACGAACAAGUUAAACUCGGAGUCAUUCAUAAAGGUGCCAAGCAUAAUUUUGAUGAUAGUUCCAUAUACAAUCGAGAACUUACAUUGGAACAUUCAGUUAAAAGGGUCAGCACCAGGUCUGGAAAUUAUAAGCAAGGUGUAAAAAUUUUGUGUCAUGAUGGAGAAGUUGACGUUACAAAAGCAAGACAUAUUAUAAUCAAUGAAUCCGGAGAUAGCUUUUGUUCGAUAAAAAUGGUCGGGACUGAACUACUACAAACGGAAACACAUCAAUGCAAAUUGGUGAAACAAGCCAUUUCUCAGGAAAUAUUUAAAGAUGAGCAUGAAAAGGCAACGAGUCCAGGAGAUACUUUCAUUCUUUACACAACAGCAUCCUCCGAAAAACUUAAACUUCAUCAGCCGAUGUCUGCAAUUGUUAGUAAAGACAACUGGGAAAAAUAUUUCGGAUCUUUUGCUGGGAGAUGUUAUAAUUACGCUAUGGGGCCACCAAAUCUUAAUGAAGCGACUUACACUCAGCUGACUGGAAUAAAUUUCAUUGGAGAAGCACGCGCUAGAAUUAUCAUGGAAGAACGAAACAAACGUAAAUUUUCUGGUAUAGACGACUGUGAAAGAAGAACAAAAAUUCCGCGUACAUAUCUUGAACCCUUCUUUUAG